AUGGUUCAGUCACCUAUGUUGUCGUGUCCGCUGAAGCAGACAAACGAAAUCGAUUGGGUCCAGCCCCUUAAGGAUUACAUCCGACAGACCUAUGGCGAAGACCCCGAACGGUACAGCCAGGAAUGCGUGACCCUCAACCGCCUGCGCCAGGAUAUGAGAGGCGCAGGGAAGGACAGCGCUACCGGUCGCGACUUGUUGUACCGGUACUAUGGUCAGCUGGAGCUACUGGACCUCAGGUUCCCAGUUGACGAGAACCACAUCAAGAUUUCCUUUACCUGGUACGACGCGUUUACUCAGAAGCCUACUUCUCAAUAUUCGCUGGCCUACGAAAAGGCAUCUAUCAUCUUCAACAUAUCCGCUGUCCUUUCCUGCCAUGCCGCCAAUCAGAACUGGGCGGACGACACCGGUGUCAAGACCGCAUAUCACUCCUUCCAGGCAUCUGCUGGAAUGUUUACCUAUAUAAAUGAGAACUUCUUGCAUGCGCCGUCAACCGACCUGAACCGGGACACUGUGAAAACACUGAUCCAUGUGACGCUAGCCCAAGCCCAGGAAGUCUUCUUUGAAAAGCAGGUUACGGAUCAGAAGAAGCCUGGGUUCUUGGCCAAAUUGGCUGCGCAGUCAGCCUAUCUCUACUCACAGGGAGCCGAAACCAUGCAAGAUUUCGUUGGCAAGAAUGUGUUUGAUAAGGUCUGGACCAUCGUGGUCCAAGCCAAGGCAGCGCAUAUGGCGUCGGUUGCAUCUUAUUACCAGGCCAUUGCAGACAGCGAGAGUGGGUCGCAUGGUGUUGCGAUUGCGCGUCUACAAAUGGCCGACAAGCAGGCCGUCACUGCUCUGAGCUGGGCGAAAACAUUCCCCUCCACGGCCCCGGCAACCUCUAACAUGACCGCAGAGUCAGGACCCAUCCUCUUAGAUCUCAUCAAACACAACCAAACCAACGUACAAGCCCAGCUUGCUACCAUGGUCAAGGAUAAUGAUUUCAUCUACCAUCAGCCAGUCCCCAACGAAGCUGGCCUCGCGGCGGUUGCCAAACUGCCUGCGGCGAAAGCAAUUCCGGUAAGCGAGUUGUAUCAGGGCCAAGACAUUCAGCGGAUCAUCGGACCAGACAUCUUCCAGAAACUGGUGCCCAUGUCUGUCACUGAAACUGCCAGCUUGUACGACGAAGAAAAGGCCAAGUUGAUUCGAGCCGAAACCGAGAAGGUUGAGACUGCCAAUGGCGAGAUGGCCGCUAGUCUGGAUUAUCUCAAAUUACCAGGCAGUCUGAAUAUCUUGAAGGGUGGAAUGAACCAAGAGAUGUCAGUCGAUGAAGAGUUCCGUCGCUGGUGCUCGGAACUUGCCGGCCACAAGCCGUUUCACAGUGCUUUUGACGAGCUGCAGGAUCGCAAGGCGCAAGUGCUGUCCCAGCUAGACCAAUGUUCAAAGCAGCUUGAUAUGGAGGAAAGCGUAUGCGAGAAGAUGAGAUCCAAGUAUGGCGCAGACUGGAGUCAACAACCCAGCUCUCGGCUCAAUACUACCCUCCGCGGAGAUGUACGGUCCUAUCGUGAUACUGUGAACGAGGCGAGUGCGAGUGAUUCUCAGCUCUCUUCUACUUUCCGACAGUACGAAAGUGACUUUGAUGAAAUGCGAUCUGCCGGAGAAACCGACGAGGCUGAUGUACUCUUCCAACGCGCCCUUAUCAAAGCCGGCUCGAAACAGAGCAAAAGCAGGAAUGGUGUCGCUAGUCCUGCAGAAGGCAGCCUUUUGGAUGAUGUAUAUGAUGAGGGCGGUGCAUCUGUCGCAGAACAGAUUGCCAGAGUGGAGGAAAUCUUGAAAAAACUAAAUCUUGUAAAGCGAGAGAGGUCUCAAGUACUGAAGGACCUAAAGGACAAGGUUCACAACGACGACAUUUCGAACGUCUUGAUUUUAAACAAAAAGUCCAUUACCGGCCAGGAGACGCAGCUCUUUGAUGCUGAGCUGGAAAAGUUCCGGCCCCAUCAGAACAGGCUUCUACAGGCGGUCCAUAAACAACAAUCUUUGAUGAAAGAGCUCACCAAGAUAUAUGGCGACCUUUUGCAAGAUAAGAGGGUUCAAUCUGAGCAAUCGAAGUACGAGUCCAUCACACGCCAACGAAACUCCGUGAUGGCUCGGUAUAAAAAGGUCUACGAAGCAUUCAACGGCCUGUCGUCGGGCAUUACUCAGGCACGGACAUUCUACAGGGACAUGACCGAGAAUGUCGACAGUCUGCGUAAAAACGUCGAAACCUUUAUCAACAACCGCCGGUCCGAAGGCGCGCAGCUUCUGAGUCAAAUCGAGCGCGAGAAGGCUAGCGGUACGUCCGAACAAGACGACCGCGAGCGGGAGAAGCUACGCCAGCUGAUGGAGCGCCUUUCCACGGAUCCCAAGAACCCAUCAACCUCGCCCUCCACAGCAUCUGGUGCUGCACCAUCCAAAGUCAAGUCGCCGCCUCCACCAGUCCACGCGCCGGCAUAUGGAACCACAGGCCCAUCCCCGAAGAUGUCACCUCGCUACCCACCCACCAUGUCAAGCCACGGCGUUCCCCUCGCCUCGCACUCUCCUGCACCGUACGGACAGUACAUGGGGGCCCCUUACCCGCCAGCGCAGCAUUUCCAACAAGGCGCCGCCGCCCCGCUCUCGGAAGGAUACAACCCCAUGGCCUACCCCUACCAGACUCCCGUCUCCCCGCCCCCAAACCAACAGUACUUCUCCCAAACGCCGAACCCAUACGGCGGUUACUCCAACUCCAGUACACCGGCCCCAGGCGCAGCUCCUCCGUCUCACUACAUGGCCCCGCAAGGCUAUAUCCCACCCCCACCCCCACCCCGGCCACAGCAGACCAGCUAUCCGCCUUCCAACGGAGGCAUGUAUCCCUCUGGACCUGGCGGUUACUCCCAAAGCAGACCCUACGGGCAUCACAAGGCACCCUCGCAGCCCCAGCCACCACAGCCGAAUCCCAAUGACCCAUGGGCCGGGCUCAACGCUUGGAAAUAA